GCUUCCUCAUUCUGCUACGUCAUCAGACAGCGCCGAGGAUCAAACUAAUCGUCAACAGCUGAUGAACAAACAGCAGCAACAGAAACGUGUUCUGAUCGACUGGUGGCCGUGGUUAUGAGCAGUCCCAUGGCGGGCUCUCAAGCCUCCAGUUCUAAAGACCGUCCGGCUUCCAGGACCAGUUUCAUCCCAGAGCUGCAGAGCAUGAUGUUCGCUCUGGGAGACGCUCGCAGGCCUCUGCACGAGACGGCAGCUCUGGUGGAGGACAUUGUGCACACACAGCUCAUUACUAUGCUGCAUCAGGCCUGCGAGGGGGCGUCUCUUCGUGGGUCGAGGGUCAUUUCAGCGGAGGACAUCCUGUUCCAGAUGAGAAGGGACAAGAGGAAGGUGUCGAGGUUAUUGAAAUAUCUCCAGUUUAGAGAUUAUAAAUCCAAACUACUGAAAAGUCUGGAGGAAGAAGAGACGCAGCAAGAAACCGACAGGACGGCUGGUGCUGCAGGAGGCGUUGCCGGCGGUAACCAGCGGAGGCAACGAUUGGCCCAGGAUUUUCUGGUGUGGAUGGAUCAGACCGGCGAGCUCCUGUCAUUGGCUGAGUGGCAGGAAGUAGACCCCAUCAAACAGGAACGGAUGGAGCGUUUGGAGCGUCAGACUCGAGCUAUGGACCAGGCUCAGUACUCGGAGUUCUCUGAGAGUCGACAGCUCAGCUUUGCUAAGAAGGCGUCAAAGUUUCGUGACUGGUUGGACUGCAGCAGUUUAGAGCUGAAACCCAACAGCAUCGCCAUGGAGAUCCUGUCGUACCUGGCCUAUGAGACUGUUGCCCAGAUUGUGGAUUUGUCUCUGUUGGUAAAACAAGAAAUGACCGCGAAAACAAAUCCCAUCAGUCAUGUGAUCUCAAGCAGCUACAUCCACUACAACACUCACACUGAGGUAAAGAAGGACCCAGACUCACCUGAAGCCACUCCCCCUUCCACUCCAGGCUCCUCCCACUCAUCAAAGCCCCUCCCACAGGGUAACGGCAGUCUGGACGGCAGGGCGAGACAGAGGAAACGCAAAAAGAGCUGUCCGGCUACAGUGGAACCUCCUAGUGGAGCCAUCCAGCCCUGUCACAUCAGAGAGGCUAUUAGAAGAUACAACUACAGACACACAAGUGCUUAUUGGAGGAGUGGGAUGGCCUUCCUCGCCUGCUGAAGAUGCAACACAUUCUUACAAGUUCCUUCACAAAUAAUUGUCUUUUUUUGUUCUAUUGUUGUAAUAAACACUUUUCAGUAAG